UUUUUUUCUAAAAAUUUGUUUUUUUUAUUAAUUAAUUAAAAAAAUAUAUAUAUAAACUGUGUUUCCAUUAAAGAAAAUUAAUGAUCAAAAACCCAAUUCAAGAAUUUCAGAGUUGAUGUGAAAGCAGCUGGGGUUUGAGGGGAAUAAAGCCAUUGUCAUUUGUUCUGGCAAGAUGGCGCCGGUGUGUGUGGCUUGCCGUCUGCCCCUGCUUGGUGUUUGUAUUUUUCUACUGUUUCUGAUCAGCAUCACCCAUAAAACAACCUGCCUAUUGGUGUAUGACCGACAGUCACUUCUGGAUUUCCAACAUUUAAUGAACUUUUCGGGUCCACAUCACUCAGGUGGACAGAAAUCUUUACAGCCGUUCCUGGAGGAUAUUCCGGCGUUCCUCCGCCGCCCUUCCUUGUUUCCUCUCUCGCGGAAAAAAACGACACCGUCGCCGCGGUAAAAGAAGUGGCAAAGUCGUGCACCUAAAGGCUUAUUUAUGUCGUUUUGGAUGCACCACGGCAAAGCUUCCUGAGGGUAAAAGUUUCUGCGUUUCACGCCGCUCGCUGGAGCCUCCGAUCAGCUGGCUGACACCUGUCAUCGGCUUCGAGGAGCUGUCAAACACUCGCAGACCCUGCUCGCCCCGCCCGCGCCGCCGAGGGGUAAACCUCGGAAAUCUACGAUCCUUGAGCCGGGAUUUUCGGGGAUCCAGGCGGCCUCGACCCUCAAGAACAACUACGGACACGCUCAGGUUUGCGCUGCUAAACGCGCGGUCCAUUACAAACAAAUCCUUUUAUUUGAAUGACACUUUCACAUCGGAGCGUUUGGAUUUCCUGUGCCUCACGGAAACAUGGCAGCGGGAGAUGGACCACACCCACCUGAACGAGCUGUGCCCCCCGGACUGCUCCGCACUCAGCACCCCUCGCCCAUCUGGACGUGGCGGGGGUGGACUGGCUCUCAUCCACCGGGACCACUUCCCAAGCACCAAACUGAACUCGAACUCUUUUACUUCAUUUGAACUCCAUAUCGUGAAGGUUGGAUUUAACCCUUCUUUUUACUGCAUUAUCAUUUACCGACCUCCUGGUCCUGCCAGAGUCUUUUUGGAUGAGUUUGAGGAGUUUUUGUCUGGUAUUUUAAAGCUUGAUAAAGUGCUUUUAUUGGGAGAUUUUAAUGCCCAUUUUGAGGAUUCUUCUUGUGUUUUUAGUUCAGAAUUAUCAUUUUUAAUGGAGUCCUUUAAUUUUAUUCAGCAUGUAACAGGUCCCACCCAUGUUAAAGGUCAUACUUUGGACCUGGUGUUUUCUCUAGGUCUAGAAAUUCACCAACUUUGUCUGGAAGACAGUCUUGUGAGUGACCACAGCUGGAUCUAUUUUAAUGUGACUUUUCCUCUCUUACCUUCUCCAGCUCCUCUUGUGUCACAGCGCCGUAUUCUAGAUCAGAAUGUUUCUGAUGGUUUUACUGACCUGUUUGACAUUAAUUCCUUUAAGAGCUUUUAUGAUGUUGACUCUUUUAUGAAUUCGUUUAACAGUCAUUGUGAGACCAUUUUAAAUGAGGUCGCUCCUGUCAGAGUGAAAAUUGCCUAUCCCAAAUUGUCUCAUCCAUGGAUGAAUGAAGAAAUCCGCAGCUCCAGAAGGUUGUGUCGCAAAGUGGAGCGUUUAUGGAAAUCAACGAAUUUGGAAGUGCAUAGACUACAUCUUAAAGAUCUGAUCUGUUCCUUGAAUGAAAUGAUAAAGCAGGCCAGAUCUGCCUUCUUUUGCAAACUUAUUUCUUCUAAUAAGAAAACGCCUAAGUUUGUCUUCAGCACUCUAAGCUCUCUCGUUUCACCCAGCGCCUCCAAAUUCCCGAACCUUUCUCUGCCUGACUGUAGCUCAUUUCUUCAGGGUUUCUUAGCUAAGGUUUUGGAUGUUGGAGCAAACAUCCCUCCUUUAGCCAGUGUUCAGCUCUCUCAGAGCCCACACUGUUCACACUUAUGGUCCAGUUUUGCCCCUGUCUCAGUAGAGGACAUUCAUUCUCUGCUGGAAAGGAUCAAACCCUCGUCCUGCCCUCUUGACAUUAUUCCCACCUCUGUCUUUCUAAAAGUGUUCCAGUGUAUAGGUUCCACUGUUGUUGACCUCAUUAACCUUUCUUUGAAAUUAGGAUCUGUCCCUAACUUUCUCAAACACGCUUUGAUAAAUCCUGUUCUUAAAAAGCCUAAUUUAGAUCAGUCAGACC